AUGUCUCAAUUCCAAGCACUUUAUGGGUAUGUAUCUCCACACCUUGCAUUUCCUCAUUCUGUCACCACUUCUGCUGAUACUGUUGAAACAUAUUUGAAAGAAAGAAACUCCUUACUGGAUAUUCUUAAGGAAUCACUCCACACAGCUCAAGCAAAAAUGAAGUUUUAUGCAGAUCAGUCUAGAAAAGACAGAUCUUUUGAAAAAGUGGGUAAAGUAGCUUACAGGUUGGAACUACCCUCCCAUGCACGCAUACAUCCAGUAUUUCAUGUGUCCCAACUCAAGAAACACAUUGGGCUCAAGCACACUCCAGUUCCAAACCUGCCUGUGCUGGAUCAUGAAGGUGCAAUAAUCAUGCUGCCUGAAAAGAUUCUCCAAACAAGACAAGUUCUACAGGGUGGCAGGAUGGCCAAGAAGCUAUUUGGUAGUUGUUGUCCAUUCGAUUUAAUCCAUGCAUCCCUCAUCUGUAGGGCAGUAUUAAGGUUAAUGAUUGGAUACUUAAAUGUGUAA